CAUUCCCCACACACACCCACACCCUACACUAUCCCAGAAAUACACGUUUUAAUUAGAAAAUUGUGGUUCUUGAUUUUUAUAUCAUCCGUGUCUCACUUGAAUCGCUGAGUAGAAAUGCCGACCCUGAGUGAUGAGUAGUCAGUAGCUUAGGUCUACGACUACCUGUAAGUAGAUGGUCUCUGCCCUGAAAAAGGAAUGAGCUAGUCCACCUUGAUACUGAAAAGUCAUUAGUUUCAAUUGGCUUCCUAGCGGAAAGCACGAAAAGCGAUCAAGUUUGACCGGGUGGUGUAAAAAUCUAAGGAUUUUUCCUUCGGGAGGUGGCAGGGAUCCGUGCUAGCACGGCUUUCUUCACCUGCACACUUUCCCCGCCCCGACCAAAAAUCUGUGUUAGUGCCUUAAACGGUCUUAAAUCAAUUGAGCGUUUUUGCGCUUACUCAACGCUUUGUUUAGCCGUUUUCGGUUUUGAAAAAUUCGUGGUUUUGGGCAAUUUGUGUUGUUCGGAAACCGAUUGAACUCACAUUAAACAUAUUACAUAGAUUAUGAACCCACACAUGCAUCCCUGUAAUCAAUAACACCAAACAACAACACACAUGAACCCACCACCUAGACAAAAUUAAAAUUUUACGACUUGCACUGCAGUCGACACAUCUCGCUCCAUACACAAUGACACGAAGGAAAAGAAUAAAACUAAAGAAAGUGGAAUGGAGUAGAGUGGAAUGGCAGGGUGAGGAGUACGACGCAGACUGCUCGGACGAUGAAGGUCUAGCCGAGAUGCCCAGUCCCGUCGGCUCUAAUCAUCCUAAUUACCCCCUGGAAGAAUUAGAGAAAGAUGUUGAUUUUAAUCUUGAGUUCCUCAGAGAACUUCGAGCUGAGGGAACGUUGCUACCGGAGGACGUUGUUAAGGUGAAGCGCAUCAUGCAACUCUUCCGGCGCGACCUGUCCAUAGUUCUGGAAGCAGCCAACACCCGCUACUUGCCGGUGGCUGCGACCUGUGAGUUUAGGGAACCAGAACCGGAAACAAAAACCGAAAGACCACCUCAGCCGGCAGCGGGAUCGGCCAAAAGCAAAGGCAAGCUGUCCCCCGGCAAGGUCGGUGGCAAGAAAUUGAAGAAGAAGCAGUCGCGGUCUUCGCCGGAUUCGGGCAACGGAAGUUCCCCGAAGAGGAGGCCACGAUCUGUAAAGUUUCAGAAACAAAUAGGACAAGAAUCGAGUAGGUCGUCGGACUCAGACAUGGGCAGUUCGGCAAGGAACCUACCAAAGCCGACGAAAUCGUCGCAGGUCAAGCAUAAGGCCAAACAUAAAUUUAAGGAAUUUGAACAUGAAAUUAGGAAAAUACAAACAUCUGUGAUAACUUUGCUAAACGGAAAUGGAAAUGAUUUGGAAACGGAAAUAGACCCUGAUUUGGAAGAGAUUGUCGGAUUGAUUUCGAAGAUGCGGAAGAAAGAUCCGGAUUUGCCAAUCGAGGAGAGGUUGUGCGAAUAUUUUAAUAAAUUUUAUUAGUUUCUUCUAACUGUAGUUUACAUUCCACACUUCGGAUGAACGUAAGAAAUUCGACCGAGGGUUGGCAGUCCACGGGAGCUGGUGAAGGGUUCAUAUACCUUCGGAGCUCACGAUCGGAUCAACCCGAAGACCCGGAUGAUUACGGCGAGAACGAAGUGAUGGAAUGGCG